UGGAUGUGGGUGGGCGUGGCUAAAGGCAAAGGGCGGGGCGCGCGCGCCGGGAAGAUGGCGCUACGUCUGCUGCGGAGGGCGGCGCGCGGAGCUGCGGCGGCGGCGCUGCUGAGGCUGAAAGCGUCUCUAGCAGCUGAUAUCCCCAGACUUGGAUAUAGUUCCUCAUCCCAUCACAAGUACAUCCCCCGGAGGGCAGUGCUUUAUGUACCUGGAAAUGAUGAAAAGAAAAUAAAGAAGAUUCCAUCCCUGAAUGUAGAUUGUGCAGUGCUCGACUGUGAGGAUGGAGUGGCUGCAAACAAAAAGAAUGAAGCUCGACUGAGAAUUGUAAAGACUCUUGAAGACUUUGAUCUGGGCCCUACUGAAAAAUGUGUGAGAGUCAACUCAGUUUCCAGUGGUCUGGCGGAAGAAGACCUAGAGACCCUUUUGCAAUCCCGGGUCCUUCCUUCCAGCCUGAUGCUACCAAAGGUGGAAAGUCCUGAAGAAAUCCAGUGGUUUGCAGACAAAUUUUCAUUCCACUUAAAAGGCCGAAAACUUGAACAACCAAUGAAUUUAAUCCCUUUUGUGGAAACUGCAAUGGGUUUGCUCAAUUUUAAGGCAGUGUGUGAAGAAACCCUAAAGGUCGGGCCUCAAGUAGGUCUCUUUCUAGAUGCAGUCGUUUUUGGAGGAGAAGACUUUCGAGCCAGCAUAGGUGCAACAAGUAGUAAAGAAACCCUGGAUAUUCUCUACGCCCGGCAAAAGAUUGUUGUCAUAGCGAAAGCCUUUGGUCUCCAAGCCAUAGAUCUGGUGUACAUUGACUUUCGAGAUGGAGCUGGGCUGCUUAGACAGUCACGAGAAGGAGCCGCCAUGGGCUUCACUGGUAAGCAGGUGAUUCACCCUAACCAAAUUGCCGUGGUCCAGGAGCAGUUUUCUCCUUCCCCUGAAAAAGUUAAGUGGGCUGAAGAACUGAUUGCUGCCUUUAAAGAACAUCAACAAUUAGGAAAGGGGGCCUUUACUUUCCAAGGGAGUAUGAUCGACAUGCCAUUACUGAAGCAGGCCCAGAACACUGUUACGCUUGCCACCUCCAUCAAGGAAAAAUGAUCUGUUAAAUGAAGCUCUCAUCAGGAAGCCCGAGAGGUGAGGAGCUGAGGUUAGACACCAGGAGAGGCACCAUCACACAAAAGCACGGCCGCAGAGUCCCACCGCCACCAGGCGACCCCCACCCAGAGAGGGACAGACAUGCGGGGAGCCAGCACCGGGCAAGAUGGCUCUGGGGAUCCUCAUUCUGUGAAGACACCAACUCAUUUCUCAAACACGGGAUCCAGGAGACAGAUAGCUCCUAAAUGGAGAUGGCACAUGCUCCGUGGGGUCCCUCAUAGAGGAGUGCCACCCUCCACACUGGCCACCCUGGGCUGCCCCAGAGUGGCCAGAAAGGAAGGUGGGAGCUAGCCCCAUCCUCACUCAGAGGCCGGAAGGAGGAAGAUGGCAUCUCGCCAACUUCAGAGCCGAAUGGCCUCUAGCCAUACUGCUUCCAGACCCCAGACGGGGCAGCAGCAGCAGUUCCCAGAGGAGCACCCAUUGUUGCAGCUAGGACCCACCAAGGAUGGGACUCCUGGAGUCAGGUGCACCCCAGGUAACCCAGGACCACGCUGUGCACCCCCAGUCUGCCCCUCUGCUCAGAACACAGAGGGAUGGGAGGAUGGCUUGGCAGUGGGAAGGCAAAAGAAGGCCUCUCUCACUCUGCCCCUGCCAUACACACCCGCUGAGGGUGUUAGAAGCAGUGGAGGCAGAGCUGGCCCUAAGCAAAAGAAGAAAAUAAACCUCACCUUGUCCUUCCUAUGGGCAGCCCUCACCCCAAUCUAACUACCCUUCCCAUCCUCCAGCCUAAUCCAAAGAAGCCCUUGGCUUGAGGGGAUGAAGGGCUUGCGUUCUAGUCUCCACCCCAGCCCCACAGGCAGCCAGCCAGCCAGCCCCACACAGAGGGGCCUCCUCAAGGCCUCACUGGGAGCCUCCUGUCCCCAGCCAAGGAGCCCUACAGACCUGGGGAAAAGCAGGCCCCUCCGCAAGGCCCCUGGGUGGUGCGGAGGCCGGACCGGCUAGGCCUCCCGCUGCUGGCCACUCCCAGGCCACGGGUUCCUAGGUCCCAACCACAUUGGACUGCUCGCCACGCCCCUGCCCUCAUCCCAAACUGCUUUGUUCAAACAAAACCACCUUGUUUCAGUCUCCCCAAAUGUCCAGUUUAUUAUCUUCCUCAUAACCCAUGGUCCCUAUUAGGGUAGGAUCAUGAGACUAAGACGUAUGAGAGCCACAAAUCUGGACCAAAGUCCCAUUCCCUGAACAGAGACCCAAACGACGAGGGUCCCAGAAGAGAGUUCAGUCCUGAUCAGAAACCCAUGGUGCCUUAGUCCUUGAAGAACAAAACUCUAGGAAGAAGAUGCUGGCAGGCAAAGGGUAUUCCCCUUCUUUCCCCACCCGCGUCUCUGUGGUGCCAUGGGUGGGCCCAGGUACCCUGGGAAAGGUGGGAGAGCAGUCAAGGGUGGGUGUGUGAUCUCCACUGGGCUCACUGGGCACCCCCGACAUGGGGAAGUGAGAGCUGCCCGACUCCUGAGCCAGGCGUGGGUGACAGGAAGAGGACCUUGCAGCUAAUCUGAUUCAUUAGAAACCAUACCUGUUUAUAUUUUGUGUAGCUCAUCACAAGCCGCUUAGCCAUAUCACCCCCCUGUUAUUAAUUCUUGGGGUCUAAAUUAUGGGUAACACUAUUAAAACAUUAUCAGAACUAAUGAGAAACAAUUACUUAGAAAAUGAGCCGGGACAAGAUUGAGUUGAGAACAUCAGUGGUGAUCACUGUAGAUUAGUUUAAUAAAUCAUCAGGUGCAAGGCAAGACUGACUGUAUGUAUGCAAAGCCCCGUCACGGGAAAAUGAAAUUGAGAUUUUUUUUUUUUGCAUAAUUUUUUCAUUAAUCUCAAUAGGACCCGUGUGGUGUAGAUUGCUUUAUUCCCCUAAUACCUUGCCUGAGGGGGGGGGUGCCCAAUAAUGUCUUCAUUGUUUUACUGAGGUCUUAAUGACAAUCUGUGACAACCUCAUUUUAAUGUAUAGAGGAUUAUAUCAAUACAGUCAUGUUUUAUUGAAAUGGUGAAGGGAACUCCAGUCAGAGUCAGGCAGUGUCUGUGAGCACAAGUUAGGAAGUUUCUCGGCAUCCGGGAGCGUUCCCGUCUGAUGUCCCAGUGUUAGUCCUCCGGGCCGCCCUCCCCUCCUCUCCUCCAGGGACGGCUGGGAAAACAGUCCUGCGGGAUGAAGACUUCACCGCCUCCGAUUUGAAUUUGAAAGUAACUCCUUCCCUGGCAUAUUUCGCUGGGCAGAUAGAACAUGUCGUUUUCCCCCGUCUCUAAAAUAGACGUAUUAUUAUCAUUCACACUUUUGCACCCGGUCGUUUUGCGGGAGUUCGGGAAACUGACUUUCUUCAUUGGGGACAUUGUAAUUUUCUAAUGAUGCCACGAGGAGAAAAAAAAUACGGUUUGUUUUGUUUUAAUUGGAAGGACCUUCUGCUUUUAUGAUUUCGGUUUACCUUGGAAAACUGAAUCUUCUGUGUUUUCUUUCUUUCCUCUAGUACUAGAAAAGCAAUGAAUUAAUUGCACAAAACAGGUUCUGAGACGGCCCGCAGGCCCCGAGCUCGUGGACGCGGCCGAGGGUCGGGUGUGACCCGCGGAGCCGCUGCCAGGCUUCCCAGCUCGUCUUCGCGGGGAGGGGGGAGGCAGGACCAGACCCCAGCAUUUCAGCGUGAAAGUCUUCGCCUUUCUUUCCGCGCUGUCUUUCCCGCGGGCGGAGCGGCGUACCUGAGCGCGGCCCCCACGGAGGAUCAGUGACUUUCCCAGACCCCGCGGGCGAGCCCGCGCUUGGGACCCGGCAGCUCUGCGCGGGCUGGUUUUGGAGGGGGUGGUGUUCGUUUGUUUAAAUUCCAGUUGUUAUUUGGCAGCAUAUCGCCUUCCGAGUCAGUAAGAAUUGCCCACGACGUAAAGAGCGACUUGCGGGAAGGGGCCGAAGCCGUCGUUAGCGCCCGGGCGGCGGCGGCCACUCGAACCCCGUUUCCGCCAAGCGCGCUGCAACGUGCGGGGCGAGUUCGUUUUGUUUUGCCAAAAUCAUUUGGGACUUCUUUGUCAUUCAUGCCCUUCCUUUUAAAUGAUUUUUAUUUUUUUCCACUGUAAGUGACCG